CUUCACUAACUAUUGAAACUAUCCAUUCAGUGUCUUUCUGAAACUCCAAAAAUGAAGGUUUUUAUUGCUCUGUUUGUCGCCACUCUGGCUGUCGCAGCUCAGGGAUCGUAUGUUCCAUCAGCCUGGCCUGCAGGUGCCCUCGGCUGGAACUCGUGGAAUGGACUGAACAAGUGGAACACCUGGAACGUUAACGGUAUUAUCGACACCCCAUACGCCAACUCGUGGGCCUCGGCAUGGCCAGCCGCUGAUUCUAUCAAUCAUGGCUGGAACGGAUGGUACGCUCCGAAGACUACCGUCGUUCAGGCUAACAUUGCCAAGGUCAAUCCAUGGGGACUCCACUGGGGUGGCUAUGGACAUGGAUAUAACAACUACUUGGGAGGUGCUCAAGUUGCCAAAUAUAUCACUCCCAAUACCGGAUCCGUUCUUGUGGCUCCACUGGCGGGACACGCCCUGAAUCAGAAACUCAUUGUUGCCUAA